AUUGAUGAGAUGUUCCACAACCUUACACGUGGAAUUGAUUUUCUGUCUCUUCGCUAGCAGUUCUCAAAUGCAAGUGUCCGUUGGUCGUUUUUGCCUUGCCCCCUCGGCUCGCUCUUUGAAGCAUUCAUUGUCCGCGUAAGAAUGCUUGGUCGCCUUGGCGGGUGUGAGCUUCACCGUAAGCGGGAAUUCCGGCAUCGCGUGCGCAUAAGACACAAUUCGUGGCCGGACGACAAGCCGAGUACGCUAGUUUCGAAGGCAGUUUAGAGAGGUGGGCGGAGCGCGGAGCCUGUUGACAGUUUUGGAAGAGUAGGAGAGUGAGUGUGCGACGAAAAGUGGUGGGCAAAACGCAGUUGGCAGCAGUUGCGCUGCACAAGAAAGAUCCCGAGCAGGAAAGGAAGACGAAGAAGCAGAAGCGAGUGAUGUCAGAGGAGAGCGGCAUGGCGAGCUGUGCGACAUCAGGCGCGCGCGCGACGACGAUAGCGGUGGUGGGCGACUGCAUGUUGGGUCGCCUGGUGAACCACAUGCUGCUGCGACGAGGCAAGGCCGCGCUUGUGAGCGGGGUUGAUCCUGACGACCAGCGCUACUCUGCCCUUGCUGCUGCAUGGCAGGCAGAGCAAGAUGCUGAUGAGGAUGCUGCUCGCAUUCCUGAAGGCUUUUGGCCUGACACGUCAACAGGCUCAUCUACAUCCACGCCAGCAGGAUACAUCUGGGAUGGCUGGUUACCGCUGCUACGGGCGGCUGACUGCCGGAUUGCGAAUCUGGAAACGAGUGUGACACGUCAUCGCGACAAGUGGCCCAAUCAGGCGUUCAACUUCAGGAUGCACCCAGCCAAUAUCGAUGCUCUCACUGUGGCUGGCAUUGACUUCUGCUCGCUGGCCAACAACCACAUGCUGGAUUUCCAGACAGAGGGCAUGCGGGAGACCAUGGCGAGCCUGACACGUGUCGGCAUCCGAUUCGCUGGAUGUGGGCGCAAUCUGGCAGAAGCCUCAGCGCCUGCAUUCAUCAAGCUUCAUGGGGGCAACAGCUCGCUGCCGCCCAUCCAGCUGGCGCUGUUCAGCGCCGCCGACCACUUCAAGUACUGGGCGGCUACCGAAGAUUCUCCUGGGAUUCACCUGAUAGACCCUGAGAGGGUAACUGACACUGACUUGAACCGCAUAGCAGGCCUAGUGAGGGCUGCUAAAGAAAUCCCUCACACCAACACCACUGCUGCAGAGGCUGCACGGCCAGAAGCAGCACCAGGGCCAUCAUCACCAUCAGCAGCUGCCAGCACCGUCCCCACAACCACCCUCCCUGGCAGAACCCUGGCGGUAUUCUGCCUCCACUGGGGCCCCAACUACGCCUGGCAGCCCAGCGCCGCCAUCCGCCGCCUUUCCCACGCCCUCGUGGACUGCUGCGGCGCUGACCUCGUUAUAGGCACGUCGGCACACCACAUACAGGGUGUCGAGUGCCACCAUGGCACGCCCAUCCUGUACAGCUGCGGGGAUUUCAUCGACGAUUAUCGGGUGGAUGAGGAGUAUCGCAACGACCUGUCGUUCCUGUUUCAGUUGCAUCUCGACCCCGUGUCGUGCCGCUUCACGAGCAUCGGCUUGUUCCCCAAUGCCAUUCGCGCGCUGCAGGCCAGCACGGGGGUGAGCGGUGAGGAGCGCAGGUGGCUGUAUGCGCGCAUGCGGCAGCUGUGUGGCGCCAUGGGCACCAAGGUGAGGGCGGUGGAUCGAUCACUCAGGCACCUGGAGAUUGUGCUGUGAUGAGGGGAAACAGGCGCCGUUGCCUCAAGUGAAGACCCCUUUGUACAGUUAGUUUCAUUGGGCCGACAGUUCUUUGACAGCUCAGCUGUUAGCAAUGUGUUUUGAGCCCGUUUGUAUGCACAGUUAGUUUUGCUUGCAUAAGAAAGGAGAGCCUAAAUGUAGGAACAUAGCCGAGUAGCAACUUCUAAGGAAACCUUGUG